GAGUUGUUGGCAGAAAGAUCUAUAGUUAAGGAGGAAUCAUUUUGUAAAGUUUUCACUGAUUAAAGCUGCUUGGACUGUUCACCUGAAAAUACAUUUUUAAUGGAGAUGUGUAAAAUCCAUGACAGCCAAUCCUGACAGCGUUGCGGUUCAGAUGGCUGCCAAGCUAGCCAUGGGAACGCAGGCCGGCCUAGGUCGCUCGAGUCUCUUCAGCAUGGUCCCGCGACCUCACAACACGGGCUCCAAGAGCUGUGUGUCCCUCGCCGUGGCCCCGGUGCACGAGGAUGACGACGAGUUUGCACCAAAACACAAGGAGGAGUACGAGAACAGUUACCGAAUGGAGCCGCCCAAACGGUUUGUUCCCGAGCGGGUCAAGCAGAUACUGUGCGAGACGUUGGAGAAGGAACUGGCUAACAUGACCUACGAGCCCAUCUCAUGCAGCACACAGUGCAAGAGCAUUGCACAGGAGGUCAAGCUGAGAGUCAAGGCGCUAGACUACCAACGAUUCAAGCUUGUCUGUAUCGUCAACAUUGGCGAGAAGCGAGACCAGGACGUCAGGCUGGGCAGCCGCUGUCUGUGGGACGCUGACAGGGACAACUUUGCCUGCGCUUCCUACGAGAAUCAACACAUCUAUGCCACGGCCACGGUCUACGCAAUCUACUACGAAUAGACUUCUCGAUGAGGCUGUGCAACAAGGUUCAGCAGAAGUGCAGUAUUCAGAAUGGGACCAAAUUGUAACAGUUUGUGGUAUGUAGUAGCCUUUAGUCAAGUCCCACCCGCCUAUACCCGGACCAUCCGGAUACGUAACGCACCCCGGAUGCUG